AUGGCUUCUCGCGUUCCCAUUCGACAUGACAGAGCUCUGUUGAACCCCAAAUUUGAAGGUUACAAGCUUUCGUUCUUGGACGAGUCGCACCAGCAGUUUGUACAGGUUGAUGCAUCUGGUCCUGGUGUUGUCGUCCCAAAGGUUCCUCACUCUGCCAAACUAUCUUACAGACAGAUCCAGGCUAGAAUUCGUCACAACCAUCUCUAUCCAGGGUGGAAUUCAUUCAAGACCGUCAAUGGAGAUAGCAGUAAUAUUCGUAAUGGUGUCCUUUUUAUCAUUGAUGACAGUUUCACAUUGAUCGCUCUACAAUUUGACCAGACAUCGCGUCGACUUCGAAGUAAACGACUUCUUCAACUCCCACGUCCCGUAGUGCCACUCAACUUUAUCCUGGAAUUCCCUUCUGUAAAGCCUGUGUCACCUGAUUACAUCUUUGUCUCGGAUGGAGCAGCGACUUUUUACUUGGUCCAGCUUGCCUUCACUGGCAUGGAAUAUGAAGCGACACUAGUAGCCUCGACUAAGUUCCAGUCAGAAGAAAAUGCAGAUGAGUUGAUGCCUUGUCAGUUAUUAGAGGCAAAAGCGUUCCCCAUCAACGAUAGUAACGGAGCAAACAUGGGAAUAGAGAUUAAAUUUAUUGUAUACUAUGCUGCGAAAGACAUAUUUUACUCUUCAGGGCCUUCGCCGCAUUAUAAAGCAGACAAGAAGACGGUGUUUAUUGUCAGUUUGUGCAGUAUCGUCGUGGAUCGUUCUAUCACUUCAUCAAGAGAUACAGCUAUGGAUUUAGGCACUGACGGGGGGAAUGCAGAGGCACCUAUCAUCCUUCCUUUCCAACGCAUUCAUUCGAUUAGGGGAACUGAAGUCCCUUUUUAUUGCGCACUGGAUCCAUCCAAUGAAGGAUAUGUUAUCGGCAGCAACACAAAUUACAAGUCAACAAAAGAACCUCCUGUCGGUCAAACGAAUCGCUCUUUGGAACCAGGCUCGGAGGCAAUGGAGUUAGACAAUACUGAUAUCGGUGUCGUAACUCGGCCGGAGCCCUCUUACAUCUGGACACAAACAGAUACAGAGCUCACUCUUUGCUUUAAGCUUCCUAGAGGUACUACCAAACAUGCAGUUAAUUGCAAGUUUGCUCGCCAAGAUCUUCAUCUUCAAGUUAAUCUCUCACAACCUUCAAACCCAGCCAUCAAAUUGCCCAACUUGGAGAAUAUACCAUUGUUCGAUGAGGUGCUGCCGAAUGAAUGUUUCUGGACAUUAGAAUCGGCGUCAGGAGUAUUAACGUUGACCCUCGAGAAGAAACAUACCAAAACUCGAUGGACACAAGUAUUUUCAGAAGAUGUCGACACGGAUCCUGUGGAAGAGAGUCUGGACCCUUCUAUGUUUGCGGAGUACAAGAGCGCUUUAGAGAAAUACACGACCGAAAACUAUGGUGCUGAGCCAGGACGGGAAUUGACUGUGUUGCCAUCCCUCACCCAGGACCCGCAGGAAGAUAUCGAUGAAGAGGGCGAAGAGAUCAAAUUUUCUUGGGUUCAAAGUGAGGAUGGGGCUGACAUUAUUCGUGCAACAACCAUUGGGACAGGACACGACUGGAUUGGACAAGCCUUUUCUAGCUUUGAAAAUCAUCAAGGACUGGCGGGCUCGCAGGAAAUCCCCUUCCGCAUGCCUACUGUUUGCCUGAAACAUGAUGUCGACGGUUUAGUCUACUCUAUCCAGCAUGUCCCAGGCUCUGCAUCCACUCAGUCUACAAUUCUGCAAUUGGAGAGUAUCAUGAGAUUUCUGCAUGUUAGCACUUUUGACGCUUUGGCGUUUGUUCAGGCUUCAAAGCGGGAGAAGCGAUUUGUGAUGCAUGACCCCCACGGUAAAUUCGCUGUCAUUGUUGAAUCAAGUCGCAAUGUCUAUAUAUACUCGCACACUGUAGAUUCCAAGCUUAAGCAAGAAAAGCAGAUUGUUGUCGAUGUCUCCAAGGGACAGCAAGUUGAUAUUAUUGGAUGUCAGCUCAUUUCUGAUAAUGUAUUGGUCAUUUUGAUGGAAGGCAAGCAUGGUGCUCUAGUACUCGACUUGAGCCAAUAG